AUGCCAGGCGUAACGAGCGCGCAGCAGAAGACGGCGAUUGCCGAGUUCAGCGAGGUGACGGGGAUGCGGGAUCAAAAGGCCGCGGCGAAGGUGUUGAAGCAGUAUGGGUGGAGGGUUUCGGAUGCUGUGAAUGCAGAUGGGUUUGGAGGGUUGGAAGAGGAGAGACAUGGAUGGAUCUGGAAUACUGGAAGCCUGGACAUGGAGAGAAAGAGAGAGAGAGGUGCUUCUGGAGAGUUGAUGAAAGCCUGGAUUCAGCGCGAAGAGCAUGGGAUACGCUUCUGGCACGUUCGGACACUGGAGCAUUGUCUGGCAUAA